GUCCUAUUCUGCGAAACGACAAUAUGAUCCUUGUGAGGCCAUCCCCUUUUGUUUCCCCCUCCAAAUUACGGCCAACACCAACACCUGCCACGACUCACAACUCGACUCACUCCCCCUUUUUGCUGAACAACCAUCAAGCCCCUUACCGCAUCUGUCUUCCCCUCGCCCCGCCAACAAAGUAAAUAUCCAAGUACUAAGAAUGCACAUUCCCAUUCCAACCCCGACUCACUCUCGGAUCCCACUUCAU